ACUCGGGCGGCUACGGUGCAUCCGCCACCCACCCCAAACCCACCUAACGAAGAUUCUCAUCUGCGCCGCCUCCGCCGCGGCGUCAGUGUUGCGAUCGCCGCCCGUCACCUUAGCUAUCUGGUCUCUGUCGCUCCCAAUCAAAGUUUCCUUCUUUGUUACUAUUCCUCCUUGCGACGACGACGACAACAAGAGGACAGGGGUUGUGCCGACAGGGCGAUAAAGGAGGGAGGAACUGCUUUCUCUUGUUUUCUUUGUUCAUUUUUUUAAUUGACCGGGUCCGAUGGAUGGCGAAGUGCUCGACAGCAUCAUCAGCCGGCUGCUGGAGGUGCAGACGGCAAGGCCUGGGACGUUAAUCCGCCUAACGGAGGCGGAGAUCCACCAGCUUUGCGUCGCCUCUCGCGAGAUCUUCCUCGCCCAGCCCAACCUCCUCGAACUUGAAGCCCCCAUCAAGAUCUGCGGUGAUAUCCAUGGCCAGUAUAGUGAUCUCUUAAGGCUUUUUGAAUACGGAGGCUUUCCUCCAUCUGCUAAUUAUCUAUUCUUAGGUGACUACGUGGAUAGAGGAAAGCAAAGUUUGGAAACAAUCUGCCUACUACUUGCAUACAAAAUUAAGUACCCAGAAAACUUCUUCCUUCUGCGUGGAAACCAUGAAUGUGCUUCAAUUAAUAGAAUAUAUGGGUUUUAUGAUGAAUGUAAGCGACGGUUCAGUGUGAGACUGUGGAAGGUAUUUAGUGAUUGCUUUAGCUGCCUUCCAUUAGCUGCUUUAAUUGAUGACAAGAUAUUAUGCAUGCAUGGUGGAUUGUCCCCUGAUUUAUCAAGGUUGGAGCAAAUAAAAAAUAUAAGUCGACCAUGUGAUGUCCCUGAUAGUGGGUUAAUAUGUGACUUGCUUUGGGCUGAUCCUGGUAGAGAUGUUCAAGGUUGGGGAGAAAAUGACAGGGGGGUCUCUUGGACUUUUGGUGCAGAUACAGUUAUUGAUUUCUUAGCCAGACAUGAUCUAGAUCUAGUCUGUAGGGCGCAUCAGGUUGUGGAGGAUGGCUAUGAAUUUUUUGCUGAUAAACAACUUGUAACAAUAUUCUCAGCCCCAAAUUACUGUGGUGAAUUUGAUAAUGCUGGAGCCAUGAUGAGUGUUGAUGAAACAUUGAUGUGCUCCUUCCAAAUUCUCAAACCUGCUGAAAAGAAACCGAAUACCAUGUUCCCUAUGAGAAUUUAGUAAUCAAACAUGGAAUUACCAUCAAGGGUUUGCAUGUCGUUCCUGGUUGUCACUGCAUCAUUCUCUGUUCGUGUUCAUCGCACUAGACAAAUAUUUAGUUCUCCAGUUAAUUUGGCAGCACUGGUUAAAGAUAAUAAGGCAGCAGAUCAACAACAGGGAACUUUGAGGUGCAGAGGUGCUGUAAUAAUAUGCCAUGGCCAAAUGGUCAUUUGUUGUAAUCGACUUCCUCCAUAUCUCCAUUUAUGUCUCAAGUUUCAUAUUCCAGAUUUUUUUUUACGUUAAGAACCUUAUUGUAUAUUCACAGCAGUUGUGAAUUGUGAAUCAUCAUUCAGUUUGCUAGAGUUCUUUGCUGCAAA